CAGAGCGCGCUGGCGUCGGCGGCGGAGCGGCUCCUCAGUCGAGUCGAGCACUCGCCAGAGAGAGGAAGUCCCAGUGCUUGGAGCCUUCUGUGUGCGUUGUGCCUCUGCGUUUUUGGAGAGACCUGCCCGAGUGUGGGACCGCGCACUAGUCUAGUUGCGCCGUGUGUCCCUGCUGUAUGGCCCGCUAGUGCGCGCUAUUCAACCACGUGAUUCGCUUUUUGUGAGCAGUCGUCGCGUGUUUCUUACUGCAUCCAUGGUUGUGCUCGAAGGUGGCGGCAUGCUGGCCACAGGCAGCAAUCAGUACCUGCAACCAGACUACCUUUCUCCGCUGCCUACAACGCUGGACGCGAAGAAGAGUCCGUUGGCGCUGCUGGCGCAGACGUGCAGCCAGAUCGGCGCUGACUCGCCGCCCUCGAAGCCGCUCAUCCCGCCUCUGGAGAAGCCCAAGAAGAGCAGUAGCGGCAGCAGCAGCAACAGCAGCAGCAACAGCGGCAGCGGGUCCGCGGCGGGGAGCGCGCCGCCCAGCGCGGCCUCCAACUCGCCCGCGCCCGACGCCAAGUCCGCAGCGCCGGCCGCCGCGGAGAAG